CACAAAUGCCAAUGAACCACCUCACGAUUGAUUCCUAUCAUAAGGCGUGAAUUAAUCCUCUUCUCUAUGCAAUGAAAUAACUUCGCCUCUUGAUGGUACCCUAUCAGGGGGAUUCGAGGCUGUGUGCGGGGUAAUUCGGAGUGCAGAACCGUUACCAACGGCCCAACGCAGGAAGCAGCAUAGCUUGCUGCUGCCGAACUCGAUUCUCUACUAUUCUAGUAGCUUAGAGUUUCGAAUUCGAACAAAUCCGAGCGUUUGAGGUUUCACAGACCUCUAUAUCAACUAUCAUGGCCCUCCAAUUGUCUGAUGCCACUUUAUCAGACGUUGAUCAGAUUGCGUCUCUCCAUCUCGCUUCAUUUGAUUCUAAUCCCCUACUCCAUGUGCAGUUUCCGACCCCAGAAAGUCUUGCAUCGCUUCAUUCAGUUCUCAUCCUGGACAUGAAGCAAAGUAUCGAAAGCGAAGUCCUAUCAAAAAAUAAGAUUUUGGUGGUGAAAGAUACCAAAAAUCAGAUUAUAAGUUUUGCAAAAUGGGAUUUACCGGCUGUUCCGGAAGAAUCCCAUUUUAAACCAGAAUGGCAUCAGGAUGUACAGCAGGAAUACCUCAAUCGCUACUAUAAUCUAGCGGAAGCUGCUAAGCAACGUGUUAUUGGGAACACGCCUUGCUAUCGUGAGGCACCCUCUCCCGUCUCUCCCUCUCUCUGUCUUUUGUCAUUAAUCUCACCCACGCUCCAGUCUCUUGCUCUCUUCUCUUACAUUUAUGGAAUAUAACCUAAUCAUGAACAUGUGUAGGACUCACCUUUGUUGGCACACAUCCAAACUCUCGAGGUCAAGGCGCUGCAACUCUAUUAACUAAAUGGGGACUAUCAAGAGCAAAAGAAGAAAACAUUCCAGUAUAUCUUGAGAGCACAUUGCCUGCGUCCCCAUUUUAUCGAAAAUUUGGUUUCGUUGCUCAAGAUGGCUUGGCCCUGCCUCUUCCCAAAACAAAAGGCAAUAGUUCAAAAACUUACUACGAAGAGAUCUGUAUGUUGAGGACCUGGGACGCUGAUUCUGACGACGGACUACAUUAUUGGGACUCGAGUCUCAAUAUUUCAAGCCUUCAGUUGGAUUACGAAGCUGGUAUCAAGCCACAACAAGUUGUUGAGGCGGUUUAUGAACGUAUCGACGCGUACCAAAUGAUUCAGUCCUCUGUCUGGCUAUAUCUUCGACCUCUAGGUGAUGCUAUAAGGGCUGCAAACGAGCUUCUUACUCGAUGGCCGGACCCAGACAAAAGACCACCUCUUUGGGGAGUACCAUUUAGUGUUAAAGACAGUAUUGAUGUUGCCGGAAUACCGACCACGAAUUGUUGCCCAAUUAUGGCGAAAACCCCGGAAUAUUCGGCUCCAGUCUUUCAGCAAUGUAUUGAUGCAGGAGGCAUAUUUAUAGGAAAAACUGUUAGUUGAAUACUCUUCUUUUGCACUAUAUCACAUUCUGGCCUUCCUACCACCCCGUUUUUUCCACUUGCCCAAGGGGCCUUACACUGAUGUUGAACUGGUAGAAUAUGGAACAACUCGCUACAGGAAUGACAGGCUGUCGAAGUCCAUUCGGAACUCUUCAUUCAACAUUCAGCAAAUCCCACAUAGUUGGUGGUUCUAGCAGCGGUAGCGCUGUUUCAGUGGGCCAGCAACUCGUUGGUUUUUCACUCGGUAGCGAUACAGCAGGCUCAAUCAGAAUUCCAGCAGUAUUUAAUGGAAUCGUAGGAUUCAAACCAACUAAAGGAACAGUUUCUGCUUGUGGUGUAUGUCCAGCAUCUAAGCACCAAGACUGUGUCUCAUUCCUUGCAUCAACCGUUGAAGAUUCAGAAACCAUCUGGAAGACGUGUCGAGGCUUUGAUAAAAACGAUCAUUUUGCCAAACGUAUCCAGCAAUCUUCCGGAAAGGAGUCGCUUCAUAACUUCGCCGGUUUCCGUUUUGGGGUCCCACCUGACACUGCUCUUGAACAGUGUAGCGACCAUUACCGGCGGAAAUUCGCUGAAGUCGUCGAAGUGUUAAAAAGUACUCAGAACGGUGCAUUUUCUGCUCUUGACUGGACCCCCUUCGCCAAAGCGAACGAUCUUCUCUACAGCAGCUCCUUCGUGCUAGAACGACUCACCAUUUUCCCAGACGAUGAAUGGUUCGGGGAGAAUAAACAACAUCUCCACCCAGUAACCAGACAGGUCUUUGAAGGAGUAUUGGCUCGGAAAAGCACCGCUGUUGACGUCUUUCGAGAUCUACAUAAACAAGCAGAAUACGUGCGAGCUGUUGAAGAUAUUCUCACGCUCCAAGCAGAUGACACCACGAACGAGAAAGUUCUCACAGUCAUGGUGGUUCCCACGGCGCCAUUCCAUCCAGCUAUCGAACAGGUCAACAAAGACCCGCUUGCGAUCAAUGCCAAGUUAGGAGCUUUUGCUCAUUUUGCAAAUGUUCUUGAUCUUGUUGGGAUUGCACUUCCUUGUGGAACCUAUGAAGUGCCUAGCGAGGAAGAAGGGGAGAGAAGUGUGACCCUACCUUUUGGUGUUACUAUCUUGGCUGGCUCGGGGUGCGAUCAAGCUUUGUUGAGACUUGCAAUGAGCUUGGAGGAGUCACUUGGUGAUUUGCAUGAUGAUUAAUUGGUACCGGUUCUCGCUUUUGCCACAAAUACACACCACUUUGCGUAGACUCCACAGCAACAAUUCCUAAACUUUUUGAAGUCUAAAUAUCGUCCGUAUGAAGCAGGUUAUGCUGUCAUGAUGGAGUUGUUGCAGGCUCUCGUUGUUCUAUC